AUGAGGAUGAUCGAUGAAGAGACGAACUUGAUAGAUGACUGGAAUCAUAUAAGGACGGAGCUGAAAAAGUCUAAGCAUGCGUGCCUUUUUGGGCAAGAACGAGUUAAUAUGGAGGAUAACAGGAAAUGCACACAGUGUAAACACUUUUUAUCUUUUGACAAUUUCAGGAUUAAAGGGAAAGGUCAACCGACAAAAAUGUGGAUAUGCGUCACGGGAAUGCGGAGAUCCACCUGUAAAGAGUGCGGCGGAAGUCAAAUUUUUCCUCAUCUAAGGGAGGGGAAAAGGCGUAAAGAAUGUGGCGGAAGUCAAAUUUGUCCCCAUCAAAUGAUAAGAUCCUACUGUAAAGAGUGUAAAGGCAGCCAGAGUUGUAAACAUGGAAGGAUAAGAUCAAUAUGCAAGGACGGUGCGGGCGGAAGCAUUUGA